UAAAGACCCAAGCCUUGAGUCUCGAGAGUCGGAUUUCAUGGGUGUUUUGGCACCCGGCGGCAGUUUGCGUCUGAACUACCGAGGAAAGUGAGUCAGAGCCCGGCGCUAUGCACAGGAUGGAUCGGGGGUGAAAUAUCUCCAUAUCGACUAAUAAUUCAGCCGAGUUACCGCAUCGGAGAAACAGUCAGCAGAGAAGCGAGACUCCAUGCGGGUUUCUGUUCAUGGUGACUCCAUGUUCUCCUCCAUCACUGGCUUCAUCUCCGACCCGCGUUUCCGAUUCCGAUGGCGGGCCAUCACCUUGGCAACCCUGCUGGCGUUGGGCCUACUUCUAUACCUGCACCAAACAUCAACAGACACGGGCGACUCCAGCUCAGACAGCAGAGGGAACGUCCAGCGAUCAUGGCGUCCCGCCCGGGAUGUCUCAGGCAUGAUGGCCGCUGCUGAAUCAGUCGGGUCACGUUACAAUGACACGUACCCGCUCAGCCCUCCGGAACACACGGCGGACGGGAUCCGAUACCGGAUUGGAGUCAUAGCGGACUUGGACACAAACUCACGUGGUAAAAAGGACAACACGUGGUUUAGUUACCUGAAACGGGGCCACCUGCUGGUGUCUGAGAGCGGUGACAGCGUAUCCGUUGAGUGGGAUCCGGAGACAGUGAUGCUGGAAAGCCAUCUGUCAGAGAAGGGGCGAGGCAUGGAGCUCUCAGAGCUGGUGGUGUUUAACGGGCACCUGUACAGCGUGGACGAUCGAACGGGUGUGGUGUACCAUAUAGAGGGAAACAGAGCCGUGCCUUGGGUCAUUCUGCCUGAUGGAGACGGCAGCGUAUCUAAAGGUUUCAAGGCGGAGUGGAUGGCCGUAAAGGAUGAGCGUUUGUACGUCGGUGGUCUUGGGAAGGAAUGGACAACUAUCACCGGCGAGUUUGUCAACAACAACCCGGAGUGGGUGAAGGUGGUCGGUUUCCAUGGUGACGUGGAGCACGAGAACUGGGUUUCGCAUUAUAACGCACUCAAGACAGCAGCCGGAAUCAAACCACCAGGUUAUCUCAUUCAUGAGUCGGGUGUGUGGAGUGAGCGUCUUCAGCGGUGGUUCUUCCUCCCUCGCCGCGCGAGUUCUGAACGCUACGACGAAACCGCAGACGAACAUCGCGGCACAAACCUCGUUCUGAGCUGCUCGUCUGAUUUCAGUCAGAUCUCUGUGUCACAUGUCGGCCCAUUAAAACCCACGCUCGGAUUCUCCUCAUUUAAAUUCAUCCCCGACACGGACGAUCAGAUUGUAGUAGCGCUCAAAUCUGAGGAGGACGGGGGGCAGAUCGCCACUUACAUAACGGCCUUCACGCUGGACGGGCAUGUACUUCUGCCUGAAACGAAGAUCGGAGACAUUAAAUAUGAGGGACUGGAGUUUAUAUAGAUCAGAAGGUGAAUGAUUGGUCAAUGCAGGAUGACACAACUGCCAAUGGGAGUGUGUGGGUUUCAAUGCAAGACUGACCUUCAGUGGUGCAAAAUAUUUUGGGAAAACAGCAGAAAGGUGACAAAUACAAGUCAUGUGAGAUCGUAUCAUGUAUGUCAUUUCAGGGUUUCCACUGUCUUUGAAAACAGACUUUUAAAACCUGGAAAAGUCAUGGAAUCAACAUAAAGUGGACAUUUCGAUAGUGAAUAUAGAUUUUUUUGUGUUAUGUUCAACUCUAAAAUAUUACUCUUUCUGAGUGCAAUGAUUUAAAAAAAAAAAAAUAUAUAUAUAUAUAUAUAUACACACACAGUACUGUGCAAAAGUUUUAGGACAUUACUUAUGAAAAAUGUUGCAUAGUGAGGAUGUCUUCAAAAAUAAUGACAUAAAUAGUUUUCAUUUAUCAAUUAACAUCAUACAAAGUCCAGUAAACAUAAAAAAGCUAAAUCAAUAUUCGGUGCGACCACCUUUGCCUUUAAAACAGCCCCAAUUCUCCUAGAUACACCUGGACACAGUUUCUCUUGGUUGUUGGCAGAUAGGAUGUUCCAAGUUUCUUGGAGAAUUCACCACAGUUCUUCUAUCUGUUUAAUCUGUCUCAAUUGCUUCUGUCUCUUUAUGUAAUCUCAGACUGACUCGAUGUUCAGUGGGGGGCUCUGUGGGGGUCAUGACAUCUGUUGCAGGGCUCCCUGUUCUUCUAUCUAUUUAAUCUGUCUCGAUUGCUUCUGUCUCUUUAUGUAAUCUCAGACUGACUCGAUGUUCAGUGGGGGGCUCUGUGGGGGCCAUGACAUCUGUUGCAGGGCUCCCUGUUCUUCUAUCUAUUUAGGCUGUCUCAAUUGCUUCUGUCUCUUUAUGUAAUCUCAGACUGACUCGAUGUUCAGUGGGGGCUCUGUGGGGACCAUGACAUCUGUUGCAGGGCUCCCUGUUCUUCUAUCUAUUUAAUCUGUCUCAAUUGCUUCUGUCUCUUUAUGUAAUCUCAGACUGACACGAUGUUCAGUGGGGGCUCUGUGGGGGCCAUGACAUCUGUUGCAGGGCUCCCUGUUCUUCUAUCUAUUUAGGCUGUCUCAAUUGCUUCUGUCUCUUUAUGUAAUCUCAGACUGACACGAUGUUCAGUGGGGGGUUCUGUGGGGGCCAUGGCAUCCAUUGCAGGGCUCCCUGUUCUUCUAUUCUAAUCUAUUUGCAAAAAUGGGAGUCUAAAAUAUAUAUUUCCUAUUGACACACUAAAGCUGAAGCAUCUUAUAUGCCUAAGACUUUUGCACAGUACUGUGUAUAUAUAUAUAUAUAUAUAUAUAAGUAGAACUUUUAUGAAUGACGGAUGUUGUAAUUCUGCAGAGUUCUGCAAGCGCAGAUUUCAUCUGGUCCUGCCGGAUACCCAUGAUGCAAUGGUGAAAAUACAGAACAAGCACUAAUGGAAAGAA